UUGUGCUCUGCAGAACUUACUGGAGAGGUACAUGGCGAGCUCAUUUUUCUCUCUGUCGUUAACACUUGUUUGUCCAUUACAGCAUUUUUAGGGAACGCUCUGAUCUUAGUUGCCCUUCACAAGGACACAUCAAUUCAUCCGCCAUCCAAACUCCUGUAUCGUAACCUAGCGAUAACUGAUCUUUGUGUUGGGGUCAUUGCGGAACCUCUCCAUGUUGCUUAUAUGAUCUCUGAGGUGAACAGAAGAUGGGAUAUUUGCUAUUACGCAAAUUUGACAUACGGUUUCGCAAGUUUUACUUUGUGUUCAGUGUCGUUGAUAACAAUGACUACAAUAAGCGUGGACAGACUUCUCGCUUUGCUGCUGGGUCUCAGAUACAGACAAGUUGUAACUUUUAAAAGAACGCGUUUAAUUGCUAUUGGUGGUUGGAUCGUGUCUAUUGUCGUUGCAUCUAUCUCCAUUCUGAAUCCUCUUAUAGAUUCUUUGUGCCGAUAUAUUGGUGCAGCUUUUUGUUUAGUUACUACAAUCUGUGCCUACACAAAAAUUUUCAUGUCUCUGCGUCAUAACCAAAUUCAUGUUCAGAACCAUGUUGUUCAAGGACAAUCAGGCCAAGCAAAUACACUGAAUAUAGCUCGAUACAGAAAGGCAGUGUACAGUGCACUGUGGGUGCAGGUAACGUUGGUUAUUUGUUAUCUGCCGUACGUUACAGCUGUAGCUUUAACACCUCAAAGGAGGAUUCCUUUGUCUACUUACCUUGCUAGGGAAUUUACAGCAACUUUAGUGUAUUUAAACUCUUCGUUAAACCCAUUGCUGUACUGCUGGAAGAUUACAGAAGUGAGACAAGCUGUAAAAGAAACGUUACAACAAUUACACUUCUGUACCUGA